AUCUGAAGUAAACUUUAAUUUUGAAUUAGAUCAGUAACAAAUUAGCCAAAGAUGAGGCACAUUCACAUAGCAUUAGUGUUACUGGUGUGUAGUGUUGUUACAUUAACCUUUGCCAAAAGUACAUUAGUUUAUCGGCGAUACCAUCGCAAGCGUCCAUCAAUUCGCAAAGAGCAGAAAAAUGUGGUGGAAAUCGUUGAAGUGUUUAAAACUCAUCGUAGACCGCCCGCACUUAUGAAAUCCGAUAAAUCGAUCGAGAAAUUUCUGUUAUGCGACGCCAAAUGUGAAAGGAAACGUUUCCUGCGACGGCGGAGAAUUUGUUUGAGAACUGGCAGAUUUUGCCCGACAAGGCCGAGUAGACCGAAAUCACCGUCCACUACAGAGAUAAAUGUUUCUACCCGGCCGGAAUAUAAGAAACCAGUUGUCUAUCCACAGAAUCCCUAUGGUAACCAGAAUCCAGACUACACGCACUUGUAUCCAUGGAGCCGCCCUUCAGUUACGGUAACGAAAUAUCAACCAGAUCGGAGUAAGGACUUUAACAUGACCAUAGUUGAAGUGAACAAUCAUACUGUCGCGACAACAUUGAAAUAUGACGACGAAUACUACGACACUGACGAUGAUCACUAUCAUCAAAGGCGAUCGACAACUUUCAGAGUGCCCACAACGAUUGAUCAAUGGACUACUCCAUCAACUUCUACAGAGGCUACGGAGGCAACUACAGUUGUAGCUUCAACGCCUUUCGUAUCAGAAAUAUCGCUUCCUCCAGCAACAACAACAAUUUCUACAAGUACAGUCACUAUAACCGAACCACCUGAGACAACUGAAGUACAAACUCCAACAACCGUAGCUACAACUAGGCCGACACUUCCUACGACUUCGACACUUCCUACAACCACAUACUUCAUUCCACCGACAACUGAGUCUACAACAUCAAUGAAACCGACUCAACCUGUACAGUUCAUAGAUUCAACCACCACCGUUUCAUUACCAGCGCCACCCACAUCGAUUCCUAUUGUUGACAGUACCACUGCGUCGACGACUGAAAUACCGAAGAUCAUUCCAAUUGAAGUACCAACGGAAUCUUCUUCAAGCACAACGACAGACAUUUCUGUUUUUCCAAUCAUUACGCAACCACCACGAUUUCUUCCCAGUUUACAUCCAACGACAUAUCGAACCAUCGAAGAGGAAAUCGCCACUCCAACAUCACCAGCGGCUCAAAGUUGGACCACUGAAAAUCAAACGGAGCCAACGACCAUUGAAACUCAGACGAAGUCAACGACAACUGAAAUUCUGACGGAGGCAACGACGACUGACAAUCAAACGAAGGCACCAUCGACUGAAAGUCAAACGGAUGCAACGCCGGUAGAAGAAGCGGAAGAAUAUCCUGAUGAAUAUCCUGGCGAAUAUGAAGAGGAGGGAGGCGAGGAAGAGGGAGAGGAAGGAGCCGAAGAUGCGGGUGAAGAUGAAAAUGGAGAGGUCGGUGGAGAAAAUGACUACGAUUAUGAAGAUGAUGGCAAUUAUGAUGACGAAGAAACCGAGGAUCAAGCGUAGUACAAUGUGGUGAAGAUUUGAAAUAAAAUGUUUUAUUUAUUC